AUGAGAUGAGGUCAAGUCAGGUCUUCCGUCUUGGUGUCCACCUUGCGCGCGCCUACCACCGGCAGCAACCCAUAGCCCCUGUCGCCGGAUCUCCCCCACCCACCACCUCAUCUCAUCGUGUCACGGCGCCCAACCGCCUAUAAAAUGCCCCUCGCCGCGCGAACCGCCCACCCCUUUGAGUUCCUCCUCCAAUCCAAUCCAGGCGCCCGCCGUUUCUUGGCAGCGCCCAACCACGCCACGCCACGCCACGCCACGCGCCGGACAGGGGAGGGAGGAGAUAGGCUCUCGGCUCUCGGCAACGCAAGAUCGAGAGGAGAGGCGAUCUACGAUGGGGAGGUCGCCGUGCUGCGAGAAGGCGCACACCAACAAGGGUGCGUGGACCAAGGAGGAGGACCAGCGCCUGGUGGCCUACGUCCGCGCGCACGGGGAAGGCUGCUGGCGCUCGCUGCCCAAGGCCGCGGGCCUGCUGCGCUGCGGCAAGAGCUGCCGCCUACGGUGGAUCAACUACCUCCGGCCCGACCUCAAGCGCGGCAACUUCACCGCCGACGAGGACGACCUCAUCAUCAAGCUCCACAGCCUCCUCGGAAACAAGUGGUCGCUGAUCGCGGCGCGGCUGCCGGGGCGGACGGACAACGAGAUCAAGAACUACUGGAACACGCACAUCCGGCGGAAGCUGAUCGGCAGGGGCAUCGACCCCGUCACGCACCGCCCCAUCGGCCACCCGCCCGGCGCCAACGUCACCAUAUCCUUCCAGCCUCAGGCAACGCCGCAGCCGAUGGUGAUCAAGCCGCCCAGGUGCCCCGAUCUCAACCUGGACCUCUGCAUCAGCCCGCCGUGCCAGGAAGAGGAGGAGCUCAAGCCCGUCAAGUGGGAGCUGUUGCAGGGCGGACACGGCCUCUGCUUCGGCUGAAAGCCUGGGCCUCCAGAAGGGAGCGGCGGAGUGCAACUGUGCAAGUGCAGCAACAACCACUUCUUGGAGCUCAGGGCCGGCACGCUGGACUUCAGAAGCCUCGACAUGAAGUGAAACCAAACGAAAUGAGCAGCCUUUUUCUUUUGUUUUUGUGUUCUUCGCUUUUGUUGCUUGGGUUCUUGGAUAGGCAGUUUGUUGGUACUAGUUUUUAGGAGGUAAACACAGUACAGGAUGAGGAGAGCGACAACGGUGAGGAUUUGUGACUCGUGUUAGCAGAGAAUCCUCCUGCUCUCUCCUCCUCCAUUUUGUGUAAAUUACUGCUUGAAUGAUGGCCAGGAGUAUACUCUGAUGCAAGCUAGGUCCAUGUAAAUUUUCAGUGUACUUGUCUCGUAUCCUAAACUCUGUUUUCUGAAGAUUAUAUCC